GUGGGGGUUAGCGGUGAUGGGGUUCAGGCCGGGGCAUGCGUGGAUGCAGCGGGUGAGUUCGGCAGUGGCGAGCAUGGCGGGCGGCGGUGAGACGGCGGAGGCGGAUGUUGCUUUGGAGCCUGAUAAUGAUGAUGAUGCGGCCCCCGCCGACGCCUGGUGGCACCAGCACUUGAACGCUGCUGCCAACGCGGUCGUCGCUGCAGCAGCCACAGCAACACCAGCAGCGACAGCGCUCCCAGGGGGCACACCCAACACCCCCCAACUAGACGUACGACAGACCUGCACGUGCAUCUGGGCGCUGGCGCGUCUGGGCCACCGCCCCGCACCCGCCGACAUGCAGGCCCUGCUCCGACACCUCUGCAGCCCCCACCUCCCACCACGACAACAGCCGCCCUCCUCAGCCUCCUCCGCCUCAUCCUACACCAGCUACCAUGCUGCUGGUAAUAACGCCACGGCUUCCGCUGCCGCUGCCGCCGCCAGCGGAAAUGACGGUGGCGGUGGCGGAACCCGUCUGCUCGCUGCAGCCACGCCCCAAGACCUCUCCGUACUCCUCCACGCCCUCGGCGUUCUGCGGUACCUUCCCGAACCGCAGCAUGUAUUCCUGCUAGUGGCCGCGACGUCAGCACGACUUCAUUCAGCCAGCGAGCGGGACUUAGUCAUCUGGGCUGUGGCCCUGUCACGGUUGCGGAUCGCGCUGCCUGUCCCAUGGUUCGCUGCCUACCUGCGGGCGGUCGCUCCGCGGCUGCAUGCGCUGCCGCCGCUGGGGCUGUUGCACUGGUUGCAUGCGAUGACAUGGCUGAGAUCCACACAGCGGCUGUCCGCCUCGUGCUUCACCGCCUCGACCUCAGCUCCCGCGAUGGGCUUAACUGGCGGUCAGCAGGGGCAGCAGGGCCACCGGCAGCAAUCACAGCAGCAGGGACAUGAGGAACAGGGCGCUGGCGCUGGCUGCUGCCGACCCGCGGGUCACCAGCGGCCGCAGGAGCUCCCUGGGGCUAGGGUUGGGCCGUGGAUUGUGGUUUCGCUGCCGCUGCGCCAGCACGGCAGCCCAGGGGUGCAGGCAGUGCAGGAGCAGGGGGGCGGUGGUGAGGAAGGCGCCGUCGCGGACCACCAUGCUUCUGCUGCCAUGCCUUCGGGCAUGAGAGCUCGCACGCAAGCUAUGGAUGGCACAUCCUUCAUAGACUCAUCAUCUUCAUCAUCAUCACUAUCAUCAUCACCCCCAUGCAUUCCUGCUUCUCCGCACCUGCACCGUGGACCCCCAGUUGCCGCAGCCACCUGGCCGCAGCUCGCCAGCAUUUCGGGUGGCUGCGGAGUGCUCCUGCGGCCUGCCUCCAGGCUACUGCACCCCAGGCUACUGUGCAAGAUCGUACGACAGAUGAUCUCCGUCCUGCCGUACCUAGGCUUGGAGCAGCAGUGCUGCCUUGCAUGGGCCGUCGCGAGGCUGGGAAGGGCGGUUGGGAACCACUGGGUGGUGAUGCUGGUACGACAGACGCAAGCGGCAUUGGAGCAGCGACUGCGGCUGGGGCCGAGAUCUGGGAUGCUGCAACAACAGCAGCAGCAGCAGCAGCAGCCAAGAGGGGGCGCUGUCGGGGCUGUUGUGGAAGGCAGGUGGCUGUUGAAGAUGGUGAGAGCCCUGGCGGAGACGUUGCGCCGACACGACCAACAGCACACGCGCUUGCGUUUCCUGCGGGCUAAUAAGACACAGCAACAACCGCAGCUGCAGCAGCGGUCCCCUCAGCUGUCCUCGCUAGGACCCAGGCAUCCUCACCACCGUGUCCACCGUUCCCAGAGAGGGCCUCACCAGCCGGCCAACCUUGUCUCACGGCGGUGGGUGGAGCUGGUGUUGUCGGCGUUGCUGCCGCAGCUGCCGAGUCUCGGAAACAAGCAGCUGCUGAGGCUGCUGCGAGCGCUGGGAAGGCUGCGGACGCGUCGUCAGCAGGGGGCGCUUGGGGCGGAGUUGCGGGCGUAUUGUCGAGCCCGAGUGGGGGCGACGUGCGGAGGGAGUGGGGAGGAGGCAUGUGAUGUGACUACGGC